UCUGUUUUUAUUCUCCAUUUUUAUAAUAUCUGGUUUUUGUUUUAGAAGAAAUUACAACCUGUUUCUUUUUAGACUCAACUGGCGAGAAACAGAAUGGAGAAAAUAUUAUAAAAUCUGCAGAACCAGAAACCUUUCUUCAUCGACCUGCAAAAACUUGAGAGAGAGAGAGAGAGAGAGAAAUACCCUUCACAUUAUAAUACUAUAAACUGAAGUGAAGGCACCUUGAAGAGGAUUCAAUGAUUGUCAUUAUCAGAAUCAAUUGAGAGGGAGCACUGAAGGGAAGCCAGAGUAAGAUGCUACCGACAGCAACAGUUGUUAGCAGUUUGAUCCUGUUAAACAAGAGAAGGACAGCGGAAAUAAUUCCUAAUCUAAAGCAUCUGCAGGAAGAAUGGGAGGUGCGAGCGCUUCUUCUGCUCAGUCUCAUACUCCAACUAGUACUGAUCAUUCUGGGCAACCGCAGGAAAUACAACCGAGGAUCUUUUAUUAUAAUUGUUGUUUGGUUUACAUAUUUAGUGGCGGAUUCUAUUGCCACUUUCACUCUUGGAUUACUGUCAAGAAACAUUGGGGAUAUGGUUAAAGAUGUCAAGCAUGUCAAGUCCAAAGUUGAGGUUACAUCGUUCUGGGCACCUUUUCUUUUGUUGCACUUGGGUGGUCCUGAUACUAUCACUUCCUAUUCCUUAGAAGACAAUGAGUUGUGGCUCAGACGCUUGCUUGAUCUUGUUGUCCAAACAGGAACAGCACUUUCUGUCAUCUUCAUGGUUUGGACAACAGGCUCUCACCUUACCCUUGUCACUGCGCUCGUGAUUCUGGCAGCAGUAAUCAAGUAUGGUGAAAGGAUUUGGGUUCUCAGGAAAGCUAGCAAUGAGCAACUCAAGGAAUAUGUGCCUCCUCGACACCUUGAUGAAGAAUUUACAGAGAAGUUCACAACUGGGUUUUAUAAAGCUAAAGGAAAAUUAGGAUUUAACAAUGAUGUGGAAGGACCUGAACAAAUAACCAUUUCAAAAGGAAAUGAAUUAUUCCUGGCCCUUGAGGUUUUUAGGACAAGCAUGCGUCUUGUUACAGAGGGUACUCACAGCAUGUGUGAUCAGGCUAUAAAUGUAGGCUUGUUUUUGCACAUUCCCUUUGAAAAUGCAUUCAGGGUGAUUGAAAUUGAGCUUGGUUUCAUGUAUGAUAUUCUUCACACCAAGACAAUUUUACUUCGUUCUCCCUGGGGUAUUUUCCUGCGUAUUCUCAGCUUCUCACUCAUGUGCACUUCCUUAGUACUGUUCUCUCUUUUUCCUCAUCAUAGAUACUCUAAGAUUGAUCUUUCCAUCACUUAUAUCCUUCUCGGUGCUGCAAUUUUUCUGGAAAUAUAUGCUGCAGUGCUGCAACUUUGCUCAGACCAGGCAAUUACUUGGUUGAUUAAACGUAACCGAAGUUCCCCAGCUCGAGUCAUAAGCUCCUUUUUGCUUUCCAUAACUCCUGAAUGCAGAUGGUCAAAUGCAAUGCCUCAGUACAAUCUAUUAAGUUUUCUCCUCAGAGAAAAACCAAUUAGGUUCCGGAAAAUCCUGAGGCUUUUAAGGGUUGAAGAUAUGCUUGAAAAUUCCAAGUAUACCAUUGAGAAACCAGUCACUGAUGACUUCAAGAAGUGGAUCUUCCAACACUUCAGAGACAUGUAUUAUGAUCAAACAAAAAAAUCCAUUAGUCUGAGCAGUAGUAGAGGGUCAUUUGCUCUGAAAAAGCUCCUUCCUGAUGCAAUAGUAAGAUGGAGUACUACUGAUUUACUUUUUGAGCAAAGUGUUAUCAGCUGGCACAUUGCUACAGAAUUCUCCUAUGCUUUGGAUCGCAGUUUCUUUACCAACCCUGCAUCAAAUAACAUCCCUGAAGAUAUUCUUCAUAGAUGGAAAAUUGGCAAGUGUAUUUCAAGAUACAUGAUGUAUCUCUUUAGAGUGAAGCCACAAAUGUUUCCUGCAUCUGGUUCCAUCAACUUGCAAGAGACGUGUGAUCUUGCCAAAGAGUUUCUUGAAAAUUACUUCAAGACCCAGAAAGGAGAAAUUGACCCAACCAAGAGAGGAAAGAGAAGACAGUUCAGCAAACAGUUGUUAACAGGAGAACUGGGGUUUACUCACACACCAAAAUCUCUGUUAAACCAUUCCGUUCUACUCACACAACAAUUAAGAGGCUCAAGUAUGAAAUAUAUCGAAAGAAGUAGGAAUUCAGGUGAAGAGGUUGCCCAUGAACAGUUUACAAAUGCAACUAAAUUGACAGAUGAAGAGUUCGCAGAGUCUUUGCGGGUGAAGUGGGAAACAAUUCGCCAAGUAUGGGCCGAACUACUAGCAUAUGCGGCAAUCAAUUGCAGAGGAACCCAGCAUUUGCAGCAACUGAUUAAAGGUGGAGAACUUCUUUCGCAUGUCUGGCUUCUUCUAGGACAUUAUCAGUUCAUUGAGACUUUUAAUGCACCAGAACCUCCUCAACCCCGUUAUUACAAUGAUGAAAAUGACCCAAAUGUUAUGUAUUAUUAAGUGAAAACUGCAUGCAUAUAUGCUCCACUUAAUAUAUAAUUACUCAUAUUCUCACAUGUGUGCAUUACUUUUAGUUGGGGACUCUCAGCUUGAGAAAUGAUGAAUAUUGGACUAUUGAAGGUUGUGGGAGCUAUAUGUUUAACCAUUUAAGCUGUUCUAGGUAGUUACCUUUCAGUUGUACCUCCUAACAUUUCUUGCAAUUCUUUAGUAGAUGGAUUAGAGUCCUAGUAAUUUGA